GAACGCGGCGCGCCGUGGGCCGGGGCGGCGAGGCAGCCAAUCCGGGCGCCGCCUGCCGGAGCUGCUGCAAGGGAGGGGCGCCUAUUUCAGCCGAGGGGGGCGCAGGGCCGGCCGCCAGAGGAGGCUUGCUGGGCGAGCGGAGCGCUGCGGACUUGCUUGCCCGCCGCCAGAGAGCCGCCGCCGCCGCCGCUGCUGCGCUCUCGGGGGGUCUCCAAAGAGGCGUCUCCAAAGCGCGCAGCAAAGAGGAGGAGGAGAGGCGCGCGCGCGCGGAGGGGCGCCCGGCAGCGCGCUCGGUGGGUCCGGGGGGCGGCCGCCCUUGCCUGCGGGGGUCUGUGCUGUGCAGCCGAGGAGGAGGCUCUGCCCGCCACGGGGAAGGUUCACCAUGUCUGACCGAAAGGCAGUGAUCAAGAAUGCGGAUAUGUCUGAGGACAUGCAGCAGGACGCUGUGGACUGUGCCACGCAAGCGAUGGAGAAGUACAACAUCGAGAAGGACAUUGCGGCGUACAUAAAAAAGGAAUUCGACAAGAAAUACAACCCCACCUGGCACUGCAUCGUGGGCAGGAAUUUUGGGAGCUACGUAACGCACGAGACGAAGCACUUCAUCUAUUUCUACUUGGGUCAAGUGGCAAUCCUCCUCUUCAAGUCGGGAUAGGGGGGGCAGGCGGGUGGGGGAGACGGCGAGCGAGGAACACGGACUGGGACGCACUGAAGGUGGGAGCGUGGCCUCCCUUCACCAUUGGCUCUUCUGCUUGCAUGGACUGUCGACUAUAUUUAAUGUGUAUGUUGCAGUAAACACCUGAAUUCUGUUUUUUUUUGGGGGGGGUUGUUUUGGUUGCCGGGGCGGCGGGGUGGGGCGGCAUCUUGGUUUUUUUUGUUUUGUUUUUCCUUUGACCUGGGUGACUGCUUCUCUUUUGGGUUGUCCUUUUUGCACUAGGAGAACUGUAAAUGCUUCAAAAAUGGCCUUGAGCGGGAGGGUGGGGAGGAGAAAUGCAGAAUAAAACUCAGCCUGGUCAUUCCACACCAGAAGAUCCCUUAUUGGUUUAGCUUUUCUUAAAGCCUCCAGGCUGGACUGCAGCCGACCAAAACGGCCAGGUGGCGAUGGGUAGGGUUGGUCUUGCCUGGAGUCUGUGGGUUUGGCUUCUCCCCGCUACCCCCCCCCCCCCCGAGACUUGGUCUUGGCCGUGGAAAGGGGAUGGGGGUGGGUGGAGAUCUAGGGCCCCGCGAGAUCGGUGAGGGGGUCUCGGCCAAACGUCCCUCCGCUCCGAGUCGUCCAACCUCCUGCACAAACUAGAAUGCGAGGUCUAGUACCGAGCUGGGGAAAGAGGACCUUGUACCGUCGUGGCGGACGUCUCUCCGAAACGGCAUGACCCGGUGUGUCGUGUCGUUCCCCCCCCCGCCGCCCCGAAUCCUUGCACCCCAAAGCAAAUCCGAGCGCAUCUGCCUCGUCGCUUGCAUGGGGAGUACCGUUCUGGGCAAGCGAGCCCCCCUUCGGGAGGGCCUGGCCAGUGGCGGGCUCCUUCUCACCCCUCUUGGAGUCAACAUUGCCUUAUUGCAACACACUUCCAAGUCACUGUGUGGGGAAGCUCUGUGUGAACUCGGUCGCUUGCUGUGUUGCCGUCGCCCCCGUCCCGUUUCUUUCCUGGAGACAAUCGCAGAGUGUGACCCAUUUCCCAGGACCCUCUCCCCCCCACACUGUUUUUUUUAAAAAAUUUUGCCCGAGAAGCAGGAGAUAUGCAAGUGACCCAACGUCUGCAUGCAGAAAGCUGGUGGCUGUUUCUGCCUCUCCAGCUGCAGAAACUUCUCCAGCGGACUUGAUUCCUCUCGUCCCCAAAUUCCAGCUCGAUUGCAAAGAUGUCGGCUUGGUUUUUCUCACUUUCCUUUUUUUUUUUUUUUUUGGAUGGGUCAUCCUUGGAACCCAAAGUGCAAUGACAGCUUUUAGUGGCGCAUCCCAUCUGCUUUUUGCAUUUAGCGCCUACCCAUUCUGUGGGGAAGGGGCAGCAUUUUUGGUUUUGGUUUUUUUUUUUUUUUUAAACGAGGAGGUGGGGAGUAGCGAGAAAUGCCCUGGGGGCUGGAACUGCGAGAGUGCUCUGGUUUGCCUUGGAGUUGAGGGGCAGGGAAUGGGGGGGGGUUCCUUCUCCUUGGGAAGCAAGCCGCGGAGACCCCGGGAAGCAAGCUCUUGAGGGGAAACCCCCCGUUCUCUUUGUCCCUGUGCAGAAUCCAAAGUAUGCCUCCAACUUUGUACGAAAUCGCAAAAGAGCCAUCUUGCAAACCAA